AUUGCCGCGUUAUUAUUCGGAGUUCUAAUGAUGGUGAUAGUUGCACAAUUCGAGUGAUACUUGUAACUUGAAAACAACGCUUUUAAAAAUCAAAUGAUAUGGUUAAGCGAGUCUGUUAAUCGUGUAUGCUGAACGAGUGGAAAGCUCAUAGACAAAAACUCAAGGAUAGAGCGCAAGAGUACAAAGAUGCUCCUGAAACGUUAUCGGAGAAAUGUAAGAUACUGGCCGAAGCCGUGCAGAAUUCGAAUUAUUUGAUUGUAUAUACAGGAGCUGGUAUUAGUACGGCGGCAUGUAUACCUGAUUAUCGAGGUUCUAAUGGUAUAUGGACUUUACUGCAACAAGGGAAAGAUAUAGGGUUGCACGAUUUGAGCAGAGCGGAACCUACAUUAACUCAUAUGGCUCUAUACUGCCUUUACCGUUCGGGAAUAUUGAAACACGUAGUAUCUCAAAAUUGUGAUGGUUUACAUUUAAGGAGCGGUGUGCCGAGAAGUAUUUUGUCAGAAGUGCACGGAAAUAUGUACCUAGAGGUGUGUUUGAAGUGUAAACCGUGUAAUCAUUAUCUGCGAUUAUUCGACGUCACUGAAAACACAGCUAGGUACAGUCACGAGACCCUGCGUUUGUGCUACAAAUUGUCACGAAUUAUUUUGUCGUUGAACUAAACCGAACCUGAAUUUACCGAAUAAAUAACGAACACGAUAUUUCCAAUUUACUUUACACUUUAUUUAACGAUCAGUUUAGUUUUUACAAUUUCGGUAAGCUAAGGCGAUGGCGAUGGUGUUGCCUUCGAGGUUCGGAUCGCGACUAAUUUUUAAGUCCACCUGCGACAUAGUCGUCGGUGGACAUUUCCACCAAAACUGCUGAAUCAGCAGUUUUGGCAGAAAGGUGGCGUGAUCGCCUAACAGUACCGUGUGCAACUUUGAGCAUCCAAAGUUGCACGAUCGGCGGAUAAAAUCCGCCGAUGCGAUGGCGUGAUAUUUUAGCCAUCGCAUUGGCGGAUGUAUUUUUUCCACAAUUCUGAGAAAUAGAAAUUACUUAUUCGGCAACUCGUAUUUUCUAACGAAAACACGAGUCGUCGAAUGUGGCGCAAUUUACGACGCCACAAAAUGUGGGAAUCCUUUGAAAGAUACUAUCGUUCAUUUUGGCGAACGUGGUAAGCUGCAAUGGCCUCUGAACUGGGAAACCGCCUGUAAGCAAGCGGACAAGGCAGAUGUUAUCCUAUGUCUAGGUUCUAGUUUAAAAGUAAUA